AUGAGUCAAAGCAACACACCAACCCGUCCGAGCGGGAUUCCUCGCCCCGUUUCCAGAAUUCCAUUGCCAACCCAUACGAGUGCCAAGUCUAUCAGGCCCUCUCCAUCUAGAGAAAAGCUUCAAGCAGACACCGGAAUUGACCACCGACGCCUGCGACGCCCGUCCCAAGAAGCAUUAAACCGAAAAUUCUCAAGUCAACGUCUCAAACGCCGUGAAUCGACGCAAACACUUCAUAGCUUCGCCGAGGAGUCGAAUUCGCCCGAUGAUUUUGAUAACGCGAUAUGGGGGCCAUCUCGGGGCCGGAGUGAUGUGCUAACGCCGGUGCAAACAUCGCUCUCUGACCGGACAAUCGAAACCUUGUCGCGGAUUUCUCCUUCGCCCUCCCCACGUGGUAGAAAAACCGCCCAUAUAAGCCACGACUCUUUAGUGGGCACCUCAAUUGACCCCAGCGAACACUCAGGAUCACCUUCAAGAUCCAUACAGUAUCUCGGCAUUGACGAUGACGUACCAUCUACAACUGUUGCGCGAGCCUCGUCAAGGCUAUCUUCUAUUUCAGUGUCAAGCCGGGAAUCUAUGCCGAAUAAAGCUACAGAGCCGUCAACAACGUCGGUGAGGUCAUUUAGCAGACAAGGUCUGGGCCCUGGAAAGCGUAGUUCGAUUGCUGGAGUCCCAUCCUCGAAACGCGGGGAUACCUUACCUUUGAGGUCAUCACGUAUCACUGAGAGCAAAGAAACCAUCAAUGGCCGGCCAAAAGCAAGAUUAUCUCUCACAUCUACUUUUGCAAAACCGUCGUCAGAUGAAAUCGUCCAUUCUCCCAUUUCAGUCAAGAAAAUCCGACAGCCAUCAUCUAAUUUCUCAUCAAAUAUGACUUCGCCAUCAUCGAUCGUAUCCAAAAAUUCCUCGAGUGGGUCAGACCAGGCUAUACAUGACCCGGAGGCGGAAACCCGCAAGGUAUCAAAAUCGUCAAGUGCAUUGCGUGAGAGUAUCGCCAAGGCCAAAGCAGCCAGGAAAGCAGCCAGACAAAGCAGCGCUGGUACAGCUACUUUCGAUGCAUGGGAUAAUGUUGAAGCCCAAGAUCCAUUCAAUCAGCUUCCUAAAGAUGGCAAUAAAGCAGUUCUUCAAAAACGAGUAGCUGCCGCUCGAACGUCCGGAUCUUUGAACAUUGCCGCAAUGGGCCUAACCACGCUACCAGACGAAGUUCUCAAUAUGUAUGAAUACGACCCAAGCUCUAAUUCAGACUGGUAUGAAAAUGUCGAUCUUGUCAAAUUUAUUGCAGCAGACAAUGAGUUCGUUACGUUGCCAGAGUCAGCUUUCCCGGACAUUGAUCCACACGACUUUGACAUGGAAGAUGACAGCAAAGGCAACCAAUUCGGAGGGUUGGAAAUUCUGGAUCUCCAUGGCAAUUUUCUUCAGUCUCUGCCUCUGGGUCUGAGGAGAUUGCAACGGUUGACGGUUUUGAAUUUGUCAAACAACCAACUGAAGAUGGAGGAUACUAAGGCGAUCUCAGAACUUGAGCAACUUACCAACCUCAAACUAGCAAAUAAUAACCUUGAAGGCACUUUGCUACCGGCUCUAAGUCAGAUCCACAGUUUAGAAGUCUUGGAUCUACACGGAAAUCGCAUCAAUCUCCUACCCGAAACUAUAUCUCAGCUCAGAAACUUAAAAGUAUUGAAUAUCUCCGAGAAUGAAUUAACAUCCCUGCCAUCAAUCGCGUUGAGCAAGCUUCCUCUACAGGAAUUGGAUGCUUCUCGGAACAAAUUGGGGGGCAUGUUGCUAGAUUCAACAGUGGAGAAAUUUGAGAACAUGCAGACACUCAAUGUUGCGUUCAACUCGUUGGAAAAAUUAUCAGAGGACGACAAAUUUCAGUUUCCAAGUUUGCAAUUCUUGUUGGUUGAUGCGAACCGUCUGAAUUCCUUCCCUUCCCUUGUUACUUGCAAGUCACUUUUGAGAAUUUCGGCAGAAGGCAACAGUGUAACAGCAUUACCUGAUGGGUUUUUCGAUCUGGAUAACCUCAAACAUGUGGACUUGACUGCCAACGACUUAAGUAAGCUUGAUGAACGUCUCGGCUUGAUGGACAACCUUAUUACUUUCUCCAUCGCAAAUAACCCGCUAAGAGAAAGGAAAUUUCUCACUAUGGACACCGAAGACCUUAAGAACGACCUGCGCAGUCGCUGCUCUCCGCCAACAGUAACCAACCAUCCAAGGAACACGGAGUCAGGGGAAGCCCACGGAGCGCAAGCUGGAGGUGAAAACUGGGAAGAUGAGGAAGAAGGCUCCGUGGCAACGGAAUUUACUCUAGCUCCAGAGAGCCCCAGUCAUUUGAAUCGUUGGAAAGUGAAGACCGGCGGAGUUCUUGACCGCUCUGCUACCGACAUGACUGAAUUGGACGCUGAAGAGCUAAAGCCUUUGCUGUCUUCUUAUGAUAUCAAGUAUCUUUACAUCCAGCGCAACAAACUUCAAUCUUUCCCCGCUGCUGCACUCAACCUCAUCGCAUCCACUCUGGUUGAUUUGGAUCUAUCAAAAAAUCCUCUCAAAAGCGACGAUCUCUUCUCGGCGCCAGUUUCUUUGCCUCAUCUGCAAAGCCUAACUCUAAAUGGAAGUGGUUUAACCAGAGUUGACUCCUUGUUUGAAAAUCUCUCCGCUCCUACCCUUAAGUUUCUCGACAUCUCCAACAACCGUCUCUCAGGACCCCUACCCUUCGCUCGGUAUCAUUAUCCCAACCUUAUCACAUAUCUCGCGGCCGAUAAUCAGCUCUCUAGGCUUGAUUUCGAAUCUGUAAAGGGUCUGCAUGUGUUGGACAUAAGCAACAACAAUGUUGAUUAUCUCCCACCGAAAAUUGGAUUGUUGGGAGGAGAGGAUGGUUCAGGAUUAAAACGAUUCGAAGUUGCUGGAAAUGUGUUCCGUGUUCCUCGAUGGCAGGUUGUCCAGAAGGGAACCGAGGCGAUCCUGGAAUGGCUGAAGGGCAGAAUUCCAGCCGACGAACUGAAUGAGGCAGAUGCUCUUUAA